AUGACGCCGAAAACAGACAAGCGCGUGCAUUCAUGGAACAAUGGAAGCACAGGGAUUUCCAGCAUUGAUUACACCCUGUCCUUCCCGCUGGGACCCGGAGUGGGAGUCAUCGGCGUCGGCAAAUUGCCACCGCUCCGACCCAAAAUGCCCAAGUCAAAACGAGCCAAGGUCUACCACCUGACCCAGGUGACCAAGAAGACGCGCGAGCAAAAGGACAAGCUCUUUGCCAACAUCCGCGAGUGCAUCCCGCAGUACCAGCACUGUUUCGUCUUUAGCAUCGACAACAUGCGCAACAGCUACCUAAAAGAUGUGCGCCACGAGCUGAACGACUGCCGCAUCUUCUUCGGCAAAACCAAACUCACCGCCCGCGCCCUGGGCACCACCCCCGCUGACGCCCAAGCCGACGGUCUCGACCAGCUCUCCGCCUACCUCUCCGGUUCCGUAGGACUCCUCUUCACCAAUCGCGCCCCGGAGGCCAUCAUCUCCUACUUCGCCUCGCUAAGCAAAGUCGAUUUCGCGCGGGCCGGGAGCGUCGCAACACGCACCUUCACCGUACCCCCCGGGGUAGUCUACUCCACAGGGGGCGAGGUGCCCCCGGAGCACGACGUGCCCGUGGCGCACACGCUGGAGCCGGAGCUGCGGCGCCUGGGGAUGCCGACGCGCAUGGUCAAGGGCAAGGUCUGUCUGGGCGGGGAUAAUAACGGUGAGGGCGGGGAGGGGUACACGAUUUGCAAGCAAGGGGAGGUGUUGGACUCGCGGCAGACAAGGUUGCUUAAGCUUUUCAGCGUGUGCAUGAGCGAGUUCCGCGUCGCGCUUUUGGCUUACUGGAGUGCGGCCUCGGGCGAGGUGACUGAGUUGGAGGGCGCUAAGGAGAGGAGGAUGAAUAAUAAGGGAGGACAGGGGGAGAAGAUGGAUGAGGAUGAGGAGGAGGAAGAUGAGGAUGAGUGAGAAUCUUUCUCUGUCUCUGGCUGAGCUUCGUUUUCACUUCGGUGUGCAUAUACGGGAAGUCUAUCGGCAUGAUACCAUGGCUUUCGUGGGACUGGGUUAGUUAUGGCAUGCUUCACUGGCGUCUGGGAGUUAUUGAGGGAUAGAAAAACUGGACAUGCGGGAAUAUAUUGAGGCUACUAUUCUGACCUUGGCAUGACUUAACGCUUGAACUCCCAGUUUCAAUUAAACAUUGUUCUGGCAUGCUUUCUGGGGGUCUCUUGAAGGUUGCCAGCUACGUCCCUGGAUGAAAGGCUCGCUGGAACUGAAUAUCCCAGGCGAGACAGAUAGGUACAGUAGGAAAUGGC